UUUUUUAUUUUUCAUUUAAAAACAUUGCUAUUAGAAUCACAGUAGUGGCUUGAAGCUCCUUUCCAGCAUCAUCAGCGUCGCUCUCGACUUUACCUCCUUCAUCGCUUUCUCAGCGUAAAGCUCUCUGUUUCAGCUGCCACAUUCUCCUGCAAAUCCAUCUUUCUCGGAUCCCGACGCCAUCGGAAUCAACCAUUCCUGAUCAAAAUCCAAUCUUUUCUUCGAUUUCGCCUCAAAAUUCCAGCUUGACGUUGAUUAUCAAUGGGAUGCACGAUCUCGAAGCGAAACCGGCGCGAUCGCCGGCGGCCGCCGGCGUCUACUCUUGCCAGAAGCCAGUCUCUUCCCCUGGACCGCAAGUCCAAUGCCGCAACCGGAGGGGAGGCCCGCCACGUCGUCGGCCUCGCUUCAUCCACUCUCGGCCAGGACUCGGCCGUCGCCGCCGACGAGGUGAAGCAUUGCGCCGAGAAGGCGGCCGUCGUCGAGGGGAAUGCGGACGUGUCUACUACGAUUGCGAAGGGCAAACUUUGGUCGGAAAAGAUGAGCGAGAGAAUCCCGAAGACGCCGACCGAGACACCGCCGAACGAGCCGGAGGCCAUCGACGCCGCGGUGCUCAUGGCCGGGUUGGAGGAGGCCGCCACCGCUCGCUUCUCCGUCACCACCUUCGUCGACCGCCACUCCUUCUCCUUCUACCCGAUUCACGAUUCCCAGACUGUUCUCAAAUCGGUCCAAAGCACGACCAUCUGGAGCACAGGCGUGACUUUUCAAUCCCCGCUCUUGAAGCCGGCGGCGUCGAAGAUCGACGAUAAUGGAAUAACCGCCGGAGAUUUCGAUCCUGAGGUACUCUCCGCGUUCCGAAAAGCCAUGGAGGAGCUCUCUCCGCAGCACCCCUGCCUCCUCCGUUCACCGGAGUCGCGGACUCUUUUCUACCAAGACAGAAUCGAUCCCAAGAAGCCGAAUCCGAAGCCGGGCAAGGCGGCGGAGCAGGGGAAGGUGGUGCUAUACUUCACCAGCCUCCGCGGCGUGCGGAAGACGUACGAGGACUGCGUUCUCGUGCGAAUGAUCUUGAAAAGCUACGGCGUUCGCGUCGACGAGCGGGACGUGUCGAUGGACAGAGGAUUCAGGGAGGAGCUCGCUGUGCUGACGAGCGAGGCAGGGGAGAAGCAGAGGAAGGAGAGUCUCCUGCCGGCGGUGUUCGCGAACGGAGGGUACGUGGGGGGAGUAGAAGAGGUGCGGCGGAUGCACGAGGACGGGCAGCUGCAGGGGGCGUUGGACGGGUGCGAAAUGGCGGCGCCCGGCGAGGGCGGCCUGCCGUGCGAGGGGUGUGGGGACAUAAGGUUUGUGGUCUGCGAGAAGUGCUCGGGGAGCUGCAAGGUGCCGGCGGCGGAGGCGGAGGCGGAGGACGAGGAAGAAGAAGUGGUGGAGUCGGCUGCGGAGGAGGCGGAGUGGGAAGACUUAGGCGGCGGUUUCCGGCGCUGCGGGGCUUGCAACGAAAACGGAUUGGUCAGGUGCCCUGUUUGCUGUCUUUGAUGAGGUUGGCGAUGUGAUUCACCAAUAGUGUGGUUUGGAUGCCAAUUUUUAGUUCCUUUUUUUCUAAAUAUUUUUUUUCUUUGAUCUUGAAAAGAAUUGGCAAUUCAGAGUUUGUGUUUCAAUUAAAUGGCAAGCAAUUAUGUUUGAUUGAUUUGUCUACUAAUGAAAUUGUUUGGUGAUAUUCAUUGUUUU